CUUAUGGCGUUGCGUUGGGGUUCGCCCAUUUCCCAACUCGGGACUACGUAACUUGAUGAACUAACCGCAUGUUUUAGUUAAAAUUUGUAUUGGUAAGAUCUUUCUUAAUCCUUCAGAGUGCGUAAAUCGUCAACAUCAACCGAACGCGUAACUGAAGCGGCUGGUGUUUUGCGUCCUAACUGUAAAGCCGGUCUGUGCUGGCCACUCUAGCAACACCUCCAUGGCCUUCAUGUCCUCGGCCUCGCUUAUCCCUCCUCCCCCUAUCAACACUCAGCAGCCCGGUGUAAUUACAUCGCUACUGUACAGCGGUUCCAAAUUCCGAGGAUAUCAGAAGAGCAAAGGGAAUUCCUAUGACGUUGAGGUUGUUUUGCAGCAUGUCACCAUAGAAGAUUCUUAUUUAUGUGGGUACCUGAAGAUCAAAGGCCUAACAGAGGAGUACCCAAUGCUGACGACGUUCUUUGCUGGGGAGAUCAUCAGCAUGAAGCGUCCUUUCCUGACGCGGAAGUGGGAUGCUGAUGAAGAUGUAGAUCGGAAACACUGGGGUAAGUUCCAGGCAUUUUAUCAGUAUGCAAAAACCUUCAACUCGGACGACUUUGACUAUGAGGAGCUCAAGAACAGUGACUACAUCUUUAUGAGGUGGAAGGAGCAAUUCCUGGUUCCAGAUCACACAAUCAAAGACAUCAGUGGGGCAUCGUUUGCUGGCUUCUACUACAUCUGUUUCCAGAAAUCCACAGCCACCAUAGAGGGCUACUACUACCACAGAAGUUCAGAAUGGUAUCAGUCACUGAACCUCACCCAUGUCCCCGAACACAGCGCGGCCAUCUAUGAGUUCCGGUGACCCCGGCCGGCCUGUUGGCUUCUCCAGCAAAGACUGACGCGAGGCUGUGGCCUCUUAGGGACUCUUGACCGAGGAGGAGGAGGAGGAGGACUACUGGAGUUUUAGCUACCCGAUACAACAUGACAACGCACCGUCUGAGACUGUUUUUUAUGUAAAGGAUGACAGACAGACAGACAGACAGACAGACAGUCUGGGCUGGCCGUGGAAGCAUGCCAGCGCGGAGGGAGCUCUGAUCUGCAGCGUCUCUCUCGCUGGCAGCAGAGACGGGCAGCAGGUGGCGCAAUGUGUGGCUGGCUUCCUCGUGUGGUUUUAAACGUUUUUUGUUGUUGAUUUUUUUUUUUUUUUUAAAGCUGAAGCGUUUUUUUUUUCUUCUUCUUCUUCUGGAAUACUCUUCAUUGCUGUGGCUUGUGCUCGUGGACUCCUGUACUACAACAAGAGCUGAGGGGUUGCCUCAGACUUUGCCAGCGGCUGGAGUGGACUCUUAUUUACCUUUAGCUCGAUGAGAGACUGUUUUUGGCACACUUCUUAUUGUCCCAUGAUCCUGUGUGCCUGCCGGGCCUCCGGGCCCCUAGAGAUAGAGAUUGAUUAUGUUAAGGAUUGUCACAGGAGGGAGGCCUAGUGGUUUCAUUGAUAUUUGACAGUAUUGUUUUGUUUUUUUUGCUAAGGACUCAGCAUUGUGUUGGCACGUUUAUGAAAGAGAGACAAUGAUACGAUAUGUGGAAUGAGCUCUGACUGAUUAUACAAGAUCAAUAUUG